UCGACAUGAAAUCUAUUUUAUCAUGUUUUUUCCUUUGUUGAAGUCCAAAACCCAGAAUCCAAAGUGAGGACCCUUUUCGUUUGAUGAUUAUCUUUUUUUGGAUUAUUUUCCAACAACCCCCCCAAAAACCCGGAAUUUUGCUCUGAAAAAAAGACACAACAAAAAAUUAACAGACAGAAACAACCAAAAACCCCAAAAACCAGAACAGAUGAACAGAGCUAACAAGCUACACUCACAUUGCCAGUUUUAUCAAACUUCACAAAAACAUAACAUAAGCUGCAAAAACACCAAGCCCAAGAGAGACACAGAGAAAGAGAUGGAGGGAGAGAGUCUGAGUGUGUUGUUGUUGUGCUGACAAGGAAACAAGCCUAUAUGUUUAAUCAGUUGAGGUUUCUUUGCUAGCUCAGAAGAGACUAGUCUAUAUUUGGUGGAGAUAAUCCACACCAUCAUUACCAACAAAUAGCCAAGAGAAAGGGAGAGACAAAAGAAAGGGUUAGUUGCAGAUAGCACAACUCUAGCUUCUUGUUGCCCGGGCUGCGCCGCUUCUUAUUGUCGCUCGUGCGUUUCCAAUCCCAAAUCUCGAAGCUAAUAACACUCUCUCUAAAAGCUAUUUGGUUUGCAUUGAUUUUGUGCUUCUUUUUUAUUCUUCUGGUCCUUUGGCUUGGUACCUUUCCUUCCACCGCCAGUUUCUCUCUUUAUGUUUACACUUGCCACCCUUUGGUUGCUGUAAAAUUGAUACAGAGCCCUUGAAGAGUUUCUGGGGUUUGCCAGGUUCCAUUUUUUAAUGUAUUUGAAGGUGUGAAAAUUGACUCCUGAGGUGUUGAGCAACCCAUGAUCACAGGGGGGUCGGUGAUAGUUUUUGAAUUGUGUUGUUUGCUUUGCAUGGAACCCAAGGUACAAGUCUUGAAACCUUUCAAGUAUUGGUCUUUGGCUUUAACUAGUUGAUUAUUGCCAGCAUUUCCGGGUUCCGAGUAUCAAUUUUUUUUUAUGUUAAUUUUGUAUUGGGAUCCAUAAAUGUUAAAGUUUUAUAACAUGCAAAGAAGGGUUGCUAUUGGUGGUCUGCUGGAUUAGAAGUUGGAUCCUCGAAUGUGUCCAUGUUUUGGAACUAUAUAUUUUGUUGAAUUACUUGGUUCCAAUCCCUUUAUUUACAUAAUCAAGAGAGUAAAACUCGGUCCGUGAAUUGGGGCUUUGAAAGCUAUUAAAGGCUUUCUAAGAAGUUUCUUGGGUUGCAUAGAGGAAGUAUUAGGAGAGUUAGUUUUGAUGUGGAAUACUGGUCUUAAGUACAAGACAUGCUGAGCUCUGAUGAGGUAGAAAAUGAUGUGUUCUUUGAUUCACUGGAUUGCUUGUCGGUUGAAGAGCCAGUUGUAGCAAAAGAAUUGGAGGGUGGGAAUUCAGAUUAUGAAAUUUGGAUAAAUGAGCCACGAAGUGUGAAGGAAAGACGUGAAUGUUUUCUGCUUGGAAUGGAUCUGGUUGAGUUUGCGAAGUCAUCAAAGAUCAAGGACUUGGAGAGAAUCACAGACUGCAAUGGUGCUGUCCCAAGUUCUUCAUUUUCUUCUAUUAACAAUGGAGAAGGGAGUUUGGCUUGUUGUGAUAGGGAAAUGACUUGUCAAACCAAUUUGGUGGUUGAUGAAUCGGAACAAGAACAGAACACAGCUCUUGAGAGUGAGAAUAAGAUGUUUUUUUCUACUAAAGGAUGUGAACAAAAGGAAGCCCAAGCACAUUGGGAUGCAUGUGAAAAUGCUAAAGUUGAUAGGAAGAAAUUCAAGAAAUGGUGGAAACACUUCAUGACCAUGAGGAAAGGAGAAGUAAGUAGACGUGCAUCUAAGGUAUCAAAAUCAAGUCUCAAAGAACAUAAAACAAACAGAAUGACUGUUCUGCCCAAUAAGAAAGGAUACAUGGAGUUUACAGCACUUUACAUGCGACAAGAAAUUCAAGCUCACAAGGGCUUCAUCUGGACAAUGAAGUUUAGCCCAGAUGGUCAGUAUUUGGCAAGCGGUGGUGAAGAUGGGGUAGUACGUAUAUGGCAUGUCACAUCAACGGAUGCCCCUCGUAAACCUUUCAUGGCUGAGGGCAAUUUGGAUAGAAAGAUAGACAAAGGAAAGUCAGGAUUUGGAAGAAAAAAGUCAAUCCACUCACUGGUUAUUAUUCCGAAUAAGAUUUUUCAGAUUGAGGAGUCACCAAUGCAAGAGUUUCAUGGCCAUACAAGUGAUGUUUUAGAUCUUGCAUGGUCCACUACAAAUUUGCUUGUUUCUUCUUCCAUAGAUAAAACUGUUCGACUGUGGCAAGUUGGCUGCGAUCAAUGUCUUAAUGUUUUCCAUCAUAAUAACUAUGUAACAUGCAUACAGUUCAAUCCCAUUGAUGACAAUUACUUCAUCAGUGGUUCUAUAGAUGGAAAGGUUAGGAUCUGGGGAGUGUCUGAGAAGCGAGUUGUUGACUGGGUGGAUGUGCGGGACAUUAUAACUGCUAUAUGUUACCGGCCAGAUGGGAAGGAAUUUGUCGUUGGUUCCAUCACAGGCACUUGCCACUUUUUUGAAGCAUCAGGUAGCCAUGUUAAUUUGGAGGCAGAGAUGCAUAUUCAUGGCAGAAAAAAGACCUCUGGCAACAAAAUCACAAGUAUUCAGUUCUCCCAGGAUGAACCACACAAAGUUAUGAUAACUUCUGAAGAUUCCAAGGUCCGAAUAUUCGAUGGGGUAGAUAUGGUUUGUAAAUUUAAAGGACUGCCAAAAUCAGGAAGUCAGAUGUCGGCAUCAUUUACUUCAACAGGGAAACAUAUAAUCUCAGUUGGAGAAGACUGUCAUGUUUAUGUCUGGAACUACAAUGGCUUUUGCCUCCAAACAUCGAAACAUACAAAAUCUGUUCGUUCUUGCGAGCACUUCUUCUGCGAAGAUGUGUCUGUUGCAUUACCUUGGUUAGGCCAGGUUGCAGAUCAGAGGCACUUACAUAUUAAUGAUUGCCGGGCUCGGUCACCCAGAGAGGGUCAAAUAGAGGGUGCUUCCGGGAUCAGAGAUUCAGAACGAUUCUCUCUUGGUAACUGGUUCUCCAUUGAUGGGUCCUGCAAGGUUUCUGCCACGUGGCCUGAAGAAAAGCUUCCUUUGUGUGAUGCAGAAGUUUUGGAAGAUGAGUAUUGUACGUAUGACCAGCAGCAGCUCUGUCACAGUAGUGCCAACAAUUGCACAACCCUAUCAGAUACAUGGGGGCUCGUGAUUGUUGCAGGUGGGUGGAAUGGAACAAUCAGGACAUUCCACAACUAUGGAUUUCCUGUUAGGCUGUAGGAGUUUGCUUCAGGAUUUUUCAUAGUCUAUUUCUAUGAGUUCUUGAUGCCAUCCACUUUCUAGCGAACUUGCAUCUAUCUGGGGUUAUGCAGUGUGCAAGCUCAGUCAGUCAGCAGCAGUCAUCAAAGAAACAAUUGUUUCUUUUCCAGAUGUAAAUGUUCCCAAGUCAGGUUGCUGAUACUCAACCCUUUACCCCGCCUGAAUUUCAGUAGAGGUCGUUUCUUUUGACAUGGUUUGUCAUUCCAUCAUUGUUCGACAUUUGGACCAUGUCAUCGGGGCUUAUGUUAGAGCACUUCUCAUUUAGGCGGCUCACAAUUUUUCAUAGUCCUACGGUUUUCUGUGAAUAAUACCUAAAGUACAUAGCGAUACAAAGAAGAAAUGGAAUUACUAACGUUACAUGCUGCUCUCUUUCAUGUUUUCUUGA